CUUUUCCUGUCUAGAUUUUUCUUCCCAUUCUAGAAAGGGUUUAGUAGCUUAAACCCCAAGGCCAUGGCUCUCAGAUCGGCGGCGGCGGCGGCACCUCGGAGUUUGAGACGGCUCAUUACAGGUACUUCAGCUCGUACUCUACCGAUAUUCUUGCAGGCUAUUCAUGAUUGCGAGAAACCGACGCCGCCCAACACGAAUGCCUUUGUUUCUGGCCGGCUGUUCUCCAGUGCUUCAACUUCCAGUUUUAUUCCUCCGCCGCUUCCUCCGUCGGCUCAGCAGCGUGAGCAGCCUGAGCCUAGUACUAACCUUUUCGUCUCCGGCCUCAGUAAACGCACUACUACUGAAAAACUUAAUGAAGCCUUUGCAAAGUUUGGGGAAGUUGUUCAUGCAAGAGUCGUGACUGAUCGAGUGACUGGAUAUUCUAAGGGAUUCGGUUUUGUUAAAUAUGCCACUUUGGAGGAUGCGGCUAAAGGCAUAGAGGGCAUGGAUGGCAAGUUCCUGGAUGGUUGGGUUAUUUUUGCCGAGUACGCAAGGCCGAGACCGCCUCCCGAGCACAAUGCAGUCCCUCCAUAUGGCCGGUAAUGACUCUCGUAAACUUCUGCAAUGGAGGGUGCUUGCCCAUCCAUUAAACUAGUUUGGUCUGCAAAACGGCACCCAACAUUGUUUUACAUGAUUCAAGUUCUUUCUUAGAGGGUGGUUCUUCUCUUCCAUUGCAGUGAGUGAACCUUUUUGUUAUGCGGAACUGGAGAUUAGCCGCAGGUAUCUGAUGAGUUUAUUUAAACUGAGACUGUGCAUUUUAUACGUACCAUGUAUGACCUAUUUUUGAACACAUUCAGUCAUAGUUAUUAUAAAUAUAUGUUCGCUAAUAUACUUUGCUCUGCAUUCUUGUUGAUGAUCAGCCGCCAUUGUUUGAUGUUGUCUUGAA